UAUUGAAAACGGAUAGCAGUGACCAAACUCGAUUACUAAGUCUGACGAGGCAUGUGCGCAUUCAGUAAGGCUUGCCAUCACGAUAAGUUUCACCAACUAAAUAAAGAUGGUUUAUGUGAUAUCCACCUGGUACUAAAGCCACCUUGCGCUGCACUAAGUAAUCAUAUGAUAAGAUAGCUACAAGAAGAUGCUCCUAAAUCAUAGAAAUUUAAGUUGUUGAUCGAAGAAAAUAAUAUAUUGGUGGCAUGUACGAGCAACAGACCAGCGAGGAUGAGAAAUGGUGCGUGGCAGUGGUGAGUGGUGACCCUGGCCAGUCUUUACUGGGGUGGUGCGUGAGGCGGAGUGAUGCAGGGCGCGCUGGUGCCUGUGAAGGACUUUUGACACAGAAAUUUCGUAUCGUCAGCAUUGAGAAUUGGCAGCGAAGUACUGCUUUAGGAGUCUGGUGAGGUCUCAGCCCAACCUGCCCCGGAAGACCAAGUUUAUUAGAAAAAGGUUGUAGGGUUGUGUUACUUUAGCCGGACUGAGGCAGUGACUGACAACGUGACGUUGUUGUUUCCGGGUCUCAGAGGAACCCAGCUCAGGCAGCGUGCAGACGUGUCAGAGCAGUGUGGUGAAGUGGCUGGUGCCCUGUCUCCAUGUGUUUGUCAGUGUGGGACCUGUGCUGACUGACUGAUGUUAUUGGUGUGUUGUGUCAAGAGACGGUGCGGCAAUGUUGUGGGCACUCUCAAUUCCAAAUAAUGUCCUCCAAGGGGAAAUGCCUUGACGAAGAGACCGUACAGCUGCUCAAGUUAGCUUCCUGGGCCACCAGUGCUGGUCAGACUGAAUGAAGUUCGAGCCAACACUGGGGACUGGAGUGCCCUAGGGAUGCAUGACAACAUGUCUGGACCUAUAGUAAUAGAGGGAAAAUUCAACAUUGACAGGAUGAUUGGCUCUCGCGGUGAAGGUAAACGUAGUAAUGAUGAAACUAUUAUCCCUUACCACUUGUUGUUCACCUCUGCGUGUUGGAUUGGCAUUUCACUGGCAUCCAUUGACGUAGCAAAGAAACACGUCACCCACAAGGCUCAUGCAAACGUAGGCAUGAGGGUGUGUGAUCACCCGUCUGUCCAGGAUUUCUUUGGAGAGGCAGUGUGCGACGUCAACUCAGUAGGCUGCCAGGGCAUCUUGCUUGCUGAUGCCAUGGAUAAGGAGACCAACAACAACGACUGGAGGCUGCACGAAGAUAAAGCAUUCGUUGCAAGAGGAAAAUAUGUGCAUUGCUUAAGGCAACAUAAGUAUUCUGCUUCUAAGGUGGUCAGCGAUGUGACAGACAAGAUGCUACAUGCUUGUGGUGGGGACAGGGUACAAGACACAUCUGGGUAUUGAACGGCUGCUCAGAGAUGGCAAGGCUGGCUGGGUGAUGGGGCCCUCUAACGAGAAGGUGAAGCAGAUAAUUGGCAAAACAGUUCUGGAAAACUUUGAGGUUUUUGAAUUAUGGCAUCAGAGGCCUAACACAAGAAUUGUUCAUCAUGAGAUUGAAAAGAUGAGCUAUGAAAAUUAAAAAAAAAUGGUUGAGGAGCUGAUGGAGGAAGUAGAGCUAGAGAAGAAAAAAAACAAAAAAACAGAAUUGAAACAUCCUUUCCAAGAUAGUGACUUUGAUAACCCGUUCAACACGUGUCCACCUGCUGUCAAUGAUAAGGUGAUCAAGACGGCUGAUGGAGAGAACCACUAUCCUGCCCUGAAGCCAAGAACUUGGGUGUCCCUCACCCUUAAAUCCACCGUCACUGUUACUGACAAGAUGUCCUCUUUUGCGUUUGCUUUGCCUAAAGACAUAGACCACACAGGAUGCUUCCCAGGACGGUAUAUUGCUGUUAAGUGUAUCUGUAGCCUAUCCACCAUUUUAAUAAAUGACUACUAAUAA